AUGGGUCUCAGACGCAGAAUCUCGGAGAUGGACUUGAGGAUGUCCCCUCCGAGACGUAUGUUGUCAGACCAGUCGCAGCAAUCCGACUUCAGCACCUCAGCUGCCAGUAUCAGUGGAAACACAGUGAAAUCGAAACCAGAGGAGAAGCAGAAGGCUAAGGACGGGAAACCCCGCUGGAUGAACCAACUGAAGGACUGGUUCAGUGUCGGCGAGCCAUCCUCUCAGGACUGGAAACAGUUGAAAAAACAGGAGUUCCACAGACAUGGGGUUGCCAUGAAUGACCCCAACGCAAGCGCAAAGCUGCACGCCCCCAUAGGGGCAAUUCCCGAGGAGGCCAUCAAGCCAUCUAGUGGCCCUGACCCCGAGACUCUUGCCAAGAAGAGAGCUGCGAAUCGCAAGAAGCUUCCCCGAGCGUACAGCGGGUGCGAGAGAACCUCGGAGUCUAUCUCUUCUGAGUCGUCCACAAACAGCAAGGAGGUUAACCCAAUUGCGCCGUGGGCGUAG